ACUCUCGUUACGACUCACUGAGCCCCAGGCCCAAGGAUAAUGAUGUGUUGUUUCUUGGUAGCAUAAUUUGUCACACGUACAUUUUUUCUUCUUCUUCUCUUGCAGAAAGCUCUGCUCCCUCUCCUCUCUCUCUCCCUCUCUCUCCUCUCUCCCUCUCUCUUUCUCUCUUUUCUCCCUCUCCUACAUUUUCUUGCUGUUGCUAAUUCAUGGUGAUCAAAUGAUGUACGACAAAAUAAAUUGUAAAGAGUGACUGCCUGGAGUUGGGAGCCAGAAGGUGUAUUCCCCUCCCAAGGAGAGAGCAAAGCUUUAAAAAGGAAGGACAAUUGAUUUGGGGGGGAGCAUAAGUGAGCCCUGACUUUGCAGCUGGCUGACAGCAGGUUGGAGGAGGGUUUAAAGCCAGGUGCGCCCAGCCAGCUCGCCAUGUCCAGAUCCGGGGACAGGACCUCCACCUUCGACCCCAGCCACAGCGACAACCUGCUGCACGGCCUCAACCUGCUGUGGAGAAAGCAACUGUUUUGCGACGUGACCCUGACCGCCCAGGGCCAACAGUUCCACUGCCACAAGGCCGUGCUGGCCUCCUGCUCUCAGUACUUCCGAUCACUCUUCUCCAGCCACCCCCCUCUCGGGGGAGGGGUCGGCGGCCAGGACGGUCUGGGGGCCCCCAAGGACCAGCAGCAGCAGCAGCAGCAACCGCAGCAGCAGCCGCCACAGCAGCAGCCGCCGCCGCCGCAGGAGGAGCCCGGGACUCCUUCCUCCUCCCCCGACGACAAGCUGCUGACCAGUCCCCGAGCCAUCAACAACCUCGUGCUGCAGGGCUGCUCGUCCAUCGGGCUGCGCCUGGUGCUCGAGUACCUCUACACGGCCAACGUGACCCUCUCCCUGGACACGGUGGAGGAGGUGUUGUCGGUCAGCAAGAUCCUGCACAUCCUCCAGGUCACCAAGCUCUGCGUGCAGUUCCUCAACGACCAGAUCUCGGUGCAGAACUACAAGCAGGUGUGCAAGAUAGCCGCGCUGCACGGCCUGGAGGAGACCAAGAAGCUGGCCAACAAGUACCUGGUGGAGGAUGUGCUGUUGCUCAACUUCGAGGAGAUGCGCGCCCUGCUGGACUCGCUGCCGCCCCCCGUGGAGUCGGAGCUGGCGCUUUUCCAGAUGUCCGUGCUGUGGCUGGAGCACGACCGCGAGACCCGCAUGCAGUAUGCGCCCGACCUCAUGAAGCGCCUCCGCUUCGCGCUCAUCCCGGCCCCAGAGCUGGUGGAGCGGGUCCAGUCGGUGGAUUUCAUGCGCACCGACCCUGUCUGCCAGAAGCUGCUGCUGGACGCCAUGAACUACCACCUGAUGCCCUUCAGGCAGCACUGCAGGCAAAGCCUGGCCAGCAGAAUUCGCUCUAACAAGAAAAUGCUGCUCUUGGUUGGAGGGUUGCCUCCCGGACCGGACCGGCUCCCUAGCAAUCUGGUUCAGUAUUACGACGAUGAAAAGAAGACGUGGAAAAUACUCACAAUUAUGCCAUACAACAGUGCCCACCACUGCGUGGUAGAGGUGGAAAACUUCCUGUUCGUGUUGGGUGGAGAGGACCAGUGGAAUCCAAAUGGAAAACACAGCACAAAUUUUGUCAGCCGGUAUGACCCCCGAUUUAAUAGUUGGAUCCAACUUCCACCCAUGCAAGAAAGGAGGGCCAGUUUCUACGCAUGCCGCCUGGACAAGCAUUUGUACGUGAUUGGCGGGAGGAACGAAACCGGCUACCUGUCCAGCGUGGAGUGCUACAACCUGGACACGAACGAGUGGCGCUACGUGUCGUCUUUGCCGCAGCCUCUGGCGGCCCACGCGGGAGCAGUGCACAAUGGGAAAAUAUACAUCUCAGGGGGCGUGCACAAUGGAGAGUAUGUCCCGUGGUUAUAUUGCUAUGACCCGGUCAUGGAUGUCUGGGCUCGAAAACAAGACAUGAACACAAAACGCGCCAUCCACACGUUGGCUGUAAUGAAUGAUCGCCUGUAUGCCAUUGGAGGAAAUCAUUUGAAAGGUUUCUCCCACCUUGAUGUCAUGCUGGUGGAAUGCUAUGACCCAAAAGGUGACCAGUGGAACAUUCUACAAACUCCCAUCCUGGAGGGGCGAAGUGGCCCUGGCUGUGCGGUGCUUGAUGAUAGCAUUUAUCUUGUGGGGGGCUACAGCUGGAGUAUGGGGGCCUACAAGUCAUCUACAAUCUGCUAUUGUCCAGAAAAAGGAACUUGGACAGAACUUGAAGGAGAUGUGGCUGAACCAUUGGCAGGUCCAGCCUGUGCAACAGUCAUCCUGCCUGCCUGUGUACCCUACAACAAAUAACAGCAGGAAACAGUGGAUCAGGGCCACAUCCUAGGACCAACGGUUGACAUUGCUGUCCUGUAUGAACCGUGCAUUGUAAUGGUACAACUGCCAACACCCACCCUUGGUUUCUGAUGACUUACAAGGAGCUACAGAAGAAAGAUCUGUUCUUGAACAGAUCUUGUUGUCUACAAUUCAGAUCACACCCAACUUGCUGUGGUGACAGACUCUUCCGCUGAAAACUGGUUUUGACUUGUUCCAGCUUUACAAAAAACUCCUCCUCCUGUGGAUCUUAACUUUCAAAAAGAAAGAUCAACUACAGAAGACUGACCCCAGAGACCUAGGAUCAGUAUUGUGCAUUGUAUUCUAACUGCAUGUGAUCGAUGUUGAAAUUUGGAGGACAUCGUGUACAUGAGUGAUUCAAAACUUGACCCGCCAAAAUACCUAUACUGCAUUCCAGAAAUUGCUACUUGAUACUGUAUUUGUAACCUUUUAUACUUUACCAACACCAUAGGUCACACAGCUACUAAAAAUCAUAGAAGAUUAAAGUUGGGCAUUUUUGUUUCUGUACAGCUUCAUUUGGUAUACCUUACAGUGCCCCAUGGGGUCAGGGAAAAAUGAGUUGUUGGCUUUGUAGCAAGUGCUCUCUGCCCUAUAAAUUCUAGGCUAGCCAGAGUCCUAAUUUUUAUGUCAUCUAUGCUAUUUGAAACUAAAAACAAAGGACACUUUCUCACUCCUCAGUCCCCAGAAGCAUAUGCUUCCUCGUGUCUUUUACAGCAUUUUAAGUAAUGAACAUAUAGAUUAUUUGCCUCAAAAGAUAAGAGUAGCAAACUCCAUCAUAGACUAUUACAGAAAUUCUGUUCAAUAACACAUUUGUCACAAAUUUAAUCCGUGAUCAAAACUGAAAAAUCACUUUCAGGAAUUUGGGAAUAAAAAGAAAAGUCUCUCUUAAGUACAGUUCCAGUUGUCUCUCUGAUUCCACAGCACAGUUACUGAGGUGUCACACCAGACAUGACAGCACAUGUCCUCACCUUGUACCAGGUCUAGACACUCAAUUCUCAUCAGUCUCCCAUCCAGCCCCUGGUUUCUUAUCCUCAGAGAUGCCAGGGCUUGGUUAAGUAGGCAAUUACUAGUCAUUAUGUGUCUCAAAGGUCAGGAGAGCAUGAUGUCAUCUCAUUGUGGCCAAUCAGAACAGCAAAACUGGCAGGAACAUGAAUUUGACUUUCAGGUCCUCUGGCUUGACAAAUGACUGUCGGGAAUAUAACAACAUCUAAAUAUUUUUUUAAUCAUGCAGAGGUGUUGAAUCCUUCAACAAAUGUGAUCAAAGUACCAAUUAGGGAGAGUCACAGAUGAAAAAAAAUGCCUUCAUGGUAAACUCUCAUUGUGGAGCACAUUAAAACGGAUGAGCACACCAGAAUCCACCGCUGUUUCUACAGUAAAGUGCAAUCUUCCUUGUUUUUGUAUUUAUUUGUAUGUUCAGAUCCAAAGGAUCCGUUGUAAAAAUAUAUAUAUGAAUAUAUAUAUAUAUAGCCAGUGCAAUCAGCUUUCGUUUCUUUUCCUUGAAAACAUAUGACUAUAUAGAAAGAAAGAAACAUUACAGGACUGUGGGGAAAUCCCAGCUGACAUCCCAGAGAGAACAAGCUCUGUCCCAGAAACUUCAUUGUCAACUCCACCAUUUCUUCCAAAAGCCGCCACUUACACAAGGACAUUGGCUUUCCUUAGAUUUGUUUUUCACUUUAGUUUUUAUCUCUAGCCAAAUUAAAUAAAAACAUUUAUGAGAACUAUAAAUAAAGCCUUCUGUAUUUCAAAAAGACACAAAGUCCUAGAAAGUGAAACAUGAAUAAAAAAAAUCACAAAGAAUGUAAAUUCUGUACAAUGUUAGAAUGUAAAUGAAGCUUGCUUGGAAGGGGAAAACUUUAAAUAAAAACUUUAUGUAC